CUCCAAGAAUCCAAGGUUAACAUACGGUUCAUUUUAGCAACAACCACCGCGAGCCUAGUGGUAAUCGCUCUACAGCGGUGGUCAUCAGUAACCUCAAAAUAAGCCAUGGAGGCCGGCGCUCUUUUCAGAGCUCUAAAGCCUUCGAAUAUGAUUUUCAAGAAGCCCAUCGGACUCCGAUGCUCGUCGUCUUCCAAGUCUCCCACUACGCUCUACACAGCAAAUGGAAGAACAGUGAAGAGAGCGUACGACGGUUUGUUGUUGGAUGCAGGUGGAACACUUCUGCAAUUGACAAAACCCGUCGAAGAUAUCUACGCAUCGAUCGGUCAUAAAUAUGGUUUAAAUGCAACUCCAGCUGAUAUAAAACAAGGGUUUAAAAGAGCUUUUUCUGCUCCAUGGCCUGAAAAGCUUCGUUAUCAGGGAGAUGGGAGGCCAUUCUGGAAGCUCGUCGUCUCUGAAGCCACUGGUUGUGCCAAUAAUGAUUACUUUGAAGAAGUUUAUGAGUAUUACGCCAAUGGUGAUGCUUGGCACCUUCCAACUGGAGCCUAUGAAACUAUAUUGAUUCUAAAAGAGGCUGGAGUUAAAAUGGCUGUUGUCUCCAAUUUUGACACCCGCUUGAGGAAACUGUUGCAGGAACUUAAUGUUAUAGACUUGUUUGAUGCUGUCAUAAUUUCUUCAGAAGUUGGGUUUGAAAAGCCAGAUGCAAAAAUAUUCGAAACUGCUUUAGAUGAGAUUAAUGUGGAAGCUUCAAAAGCUGUACACGUAGGAGAUGAUGAAAAGGCAGAUAAAUUGGGAGCAAAAACUGUUGGUAUUGACUGCUGGUUAUGGGGAUCAGAAGUGAAGACAUUUUCAGAUAUCCAGGAUCGCAUACUUGUUCCUGAAUAUAAAUAACAUUAAUUUUUGGCCGGUUUAUUUACAUUAAAUAAUCUUUUAAAUAUUUGAUUAAUAAUUAAACACACCUUAUGUAUGUACGUACUUGAGUAAAGUUGAAUGUUGUGAUUAUUUUACAUUAAUCAACAUUUUUUUUCCUGUUAUCCUUAAAC